GUUCGGCAUCGCCAACCGAUAUUCGCUACACUCUUAGGUGGCGUUUGAUUGCCCGGUUGAACUCAUUUUUUUCUGAAACGCCCGACUAAAACUGCAUCAAACGGGGUGAAAUUCACCCCAUUUAACGUAAAAUGGGAGCGGACUUUCGAGAGGGUGGAAUUUCACCCGCUCGACGCCCUCCCCCCCCGCCGCGCUCGACUCCCUUUCCCCUCAUUUCCUCCCUCCGCCCGCAGCUCCUCCUCGCUCGAACAGAAAUCACCCUGUCGCCUUCUCACUGUCGCACCAGAGGCCGCUCCCACCGUCGCCGCACUCACCACCGCUGCUCCGCUCCUCUGCCGGUGAUCUUCCCCCCUUUCUCUCUUGCUCUUGAUGCCCUUGUCUUCUCCCAAAUCAGUGCCCUAAUCACCGUCGCACAGAAAUCGCCUUCUCGCUCGCAGCCGGCAGGGAAGACAUGGCAGCAUCCGCCAACGCCACGGUCGCAGCUCCUUCGAUCCGCCGUUGCUGUUGCUAUUGCCUUCGUUUUCUCAACUUAUGGGGAUUAUAUUCUCUUCUCACCAUUCAUUUCUUACCUACUUGAAAUCUACUGAGAGUACUCAGUAGAUGAAGUUUUAGCACUCCUUGAGCUUGACAGUUCGGCUGGUCUGCCGUUCACACUGAGUAUUUCAAUAUGAAAUGGAAAUAAACUCCAAACUGGGUAUUAUAAGUGAAAAAAUGUGAGUAUGCCAACUAUAAGCAAGAAAUUUCAAUAUAAGUGUUAUUUGUAUUCUGAGUGUUCAUCACUGUGCUGGAUGUUAUUUUAGUUAAUUCUCCAUUUUGGAUGUUGAUGUUAUUAUAUGAGCGUUCAUCACCUUCGUUCCAUUGUCUUGAUAUAUGAUAUGUGUUUUACGGCUCCUCCAUUUUUUUUUGUUGAUCAUUCAUUUGUGUCUUUCUUUGGUUCAUGUUAUGCAAGAUUCUUCAAACUCAAAUAUCUAGUUGUCAAGAAAUAUUGUCUAAGUUAUUAUUACCAUGGAAGACAGUAGUCCAUCGAGGGAGAAUCUUAUGUGGACUGAAGCGCAAAUAGACUAUUUAGUCCAACUUCUUGUGGAGCAAUCACACAUCCUUGGUAUGAAAUCUGGUGGAUGAUUGAAGUCCAAAGCGUAUACAGCAAUUGAAAAAGGCAUGAUAGACAAAUUCGAUCCAGAAUCCAGUAAAAAGAAAAUAAAAAACAAAUUGAAGUAAUCAAAACCAAACUUGACAGUCAUCAAAGAAAUUUUAAAUACAAGCGGGUUUGGUAUGACCCAAUCAACAAGUGUAUUGAAGUCUACCCAGUAUAGAAUGACUAUAUUGAG